UCAGCGUAAAGACUAUUGGAUGCUGCAUCAUUAAUGCGAUCCGUCAUUGCUGCUCACCCUCGGGUGAGCGACAGUCGCCAGUUGAAAAUAGUGGGGCGACGCAACGACAUCUCGGACAUGGAAAUUCUGCCGUUGUGCUUUAAGUUGUGGACGAUAGGCGGUUUUUGGAGACCACUCGAUUACUAUUCUCCAAUGUCAAAAUUCUUGUACAACUGUUACAGUUUUGUGAGUUUUCUUGGAUUGUACAGUCUGAUGUUAUUCGAAUUCCUGGAUAUUGUCUUUAAUUUCGGAAACUUAGACGAUUUUACAAGUAUCGCCUUCAUGUUUAUGACGGUAUUAAGUGAUUGUUUAAAAGCAGCAAAUACCCUAGGAAAACGUUCACGGAUAAUUGAGAUACAAGACAUGCUAACCGAUGAGACAUGCAUAGCUCACGAUACGGAGGAACAAAUGAUACUAGAAAGGUCUGCCAAAGUGUGCAGAUCGAAUACACAAUAUCUUGGGAUAUUAAUAAUGAGUUUUGUUGUAUUCCUAUUUGUGGGAUCAUUGCUGUUUAACGUGAAUGAGCGCAUACUGCCGGUCAAAGUUUGGCUGCCUUACAGUCUCUCAUCUUUGACAUCAUUUUCUCUGUCUUAUUUAUACCAAAUUUGGGUUUCGAUGCUGGCCGCAUUUAUGGCCACGGCAAAUGACACGUAUAUAACUGGAUUAAUGAUCCAGAUUUGCGCCCAGCUGGAUAUCUUGAAAUAUCGUUUGCUCAGUUUACCAAGAUCGGGAGAUUCCGAAAGGAAUGCAAAUUCUUCCGUCAGCCAAAAAGAAAUUAUUCUCAAAAUGUGUAUUCGGCAUCACAACCAUAUAAUCAAAGUUGCAGCUACUGUGGAGGAAACCUUCAGUUCCAUUAUAUUUUUUCAAUGUUUCGUAAGCACCACCGUCAUUUGCGUUGCUACGUUUAUACUUUUGAAAUCUGACUUCAUGAGUGUUGAAUUCAUCAUCACCCUCAUGUAUUUUCCUCCAUUACUAUUCGAAUUGUUAAUAUACUGCUGGUAUGGGAAUGAAGUGACGUUAAAGAGUACCGAAAUCAGGGAUGCUGUGUUCGAAAUGGAUUGGAUUCCUCUGCCUGUGUCAAUGAAAAAGGAUUUAAUACUUGUUAUACUCAGGGCUGGCAGAACAAUCAAAUUCACCAGUGCAUACGUUCUCACUCUGUCUUUGGAUUCGUUUAUGGCUAUUCUCAAAUUAUCAUAUUCCGCGUUUAAUGUCAUGCAACAAUCAUCAAAAGAUUAAAACUGUUUAGUCACUUAUACAUUUUAUACAGGGGAUCCCAGAACUACUUUUACACCCGAAAGUGGGUGGUGGCUGAGGGUCCCCCGAGUACAUUACCGCAAACCGUUUGUCAAAAUUCGCAAUAGUUUUUAAAUGGGAAGCAUUUAAUAUGCACCAAUCAGAACGAAGGAUUUCCGCGGGUCAUGGCUGCGUUGUGGGAGUUACAGUCGUGUAGGGCAAAAGUUGGCUGCUUCAGACGGAUCGCACGUUUAAGAAUUCUUUUACGGUCUAAGCGCUAUGGAUAUUCAUUCGCAGCUGCCGAUAUUGGCGUGAUGCAACAUUGUAAGAACGAAUAACGUUUUCUUGGCAGUUCUUAUUGUUAGUAUGCGUACCACUUACAGCUUCUCGUCAGUUCUUCUCAUGAGCGACGUGAGGACGGAUAGACUACUUGUUAAUGGAACUUUUACAUCUGAGUGUUUUUUUGCGAUUUUUUAUUUUUAGAUCAGUGACGUCAUGAGCUAAGAGUGUGACAUUCCACCAGUCUGUGAACAAAUGCGUUUGGCGCUUGGAUCGUAAAACAAUUGCUAAUUGCGCGAUCGCGUCCCACCACGCAGCUAUGACCCGCAAAAAUCCUUCGUUCUGAUUGGUGCAUAUUAAAUGCUUCCCAUUU